UAGAAAUGACGACACACAUGUGCGGAAGCAUUUAAGCAGAGAUGUGUACUUUUGUUAGGCAGCAUAAACAAUCUCUGAUAUUUUACAACAUUAUCAGAUGUUAUUGUAUGAAUUCUGAUUAUUUAAUCUAAUCAAUGACAAACUAGCAAAGCAAUCAAGACACUAUCAAAAUGUCUGCCACUUGCAACUGUACCGAGCAUGUCAACAAACUCAACCAGCAGAUAUCUGUCAUGCGAAAAGAAAUCAAGAAUCUCAGGUAUUAAAAUGUUCCCCCCCACCCAGGCAAUUGUUGGACAGUGCUGUUCGUUCUCAUCGAAAACACAUGACAUCUCUCCAGUCUGCUUUGACACACAUUGGCCAGAGUCGAUCUCCAAAGAGUCAGCCGGGGUCACAGGCAGAACUAGAGACACAGAAUUCACUUGAGAAAGGGACCAUCCAGACAGUCCCCAUAGGUUACAUCAGCUCCUGUUUCUCAGUGAAGAAUGGCACCCCCAGACAGCCAACCAUAUGUGGGCCCUCCAGGGCCACCCUUCAGAUCCAGCAGAGUGUCUUCAACAACCCUGAACACUCACUGGUCGGCCUGGACAACUACUCUCAUGUCUGGGUCAUCUUCCUGUUCCAUAAGAACGGCCACCUGAGUUAUAAGGCUAAGGUGAAGCCACCCAGACUGAACGGCCAGAGGGUUGGGGUGUACUCCACACGUAGCCCCCACCGGCCCAACGCCCUGGGUCUGACCCUGGCCAAGCUGGACAGAGUCACAGGUGACACACUUCAUCUGAGUGAGAUAGACAUGAUCGCAGGCACCCCUGUCCUCGAUAUCAAACCCUACAUCUCUGACUAUGACUCCCCACACAGUAGACUGGACAUUGACACGGAUACUUAUGACUCUGGCGUCCAACCUGAGAGCGCCAGUGUACCAUCGGAAGAGGGGACCACCAGUGUACCAUCAGAAGAGGGGACCACCAGUGUGGAGAAGCUGCAUUCAGACUCAGUUGCUUCGUUCUCCUGUACUGUUGAUCCCCAGUUGGACUUGGGGGUUGAGAGACGGGAUAGUCAUAGCGCAGACCCUAGAAUACUCUACUCAAAAGACAAAUCCAAAGUUCACAUCCUCCAUCCAGGCGAUGCCUCCAGCUUUUCUGCUCCGAAAGCCUUGGGCAAAGACCUCACCACUGUGCUGGGGGAGCUCAAAGCCUACAUCAGCGAGGGACAUGACCGCCUCACCCUGGGGAGCUCUGUAGGAAAGUCUCAGGCUUCAGAUGGCCCUAAAGCCAAGCCAUUGGAGCCAGUGGAGGAUAGUGCUAGGCCCUGCUAUGGGGAAGAGGCCUACAGCACCAUCGCUGGCUGGAUCAGGGAGCCUCCUGUGACCAGUCUGGAGGUGCGCUUCACCCCCCAUGCAGAGAGAGAGCUGGAGGAGUUCCUUGCCCCCAUCAAUACAGAAUCCCGUGACCGACCCAGGUUCCGGUUCCUGCGUGGUCCAAAAGAGGCUGCGGCCGCCAUCAGAGGGAUCCUAUCUGCUGACCCCAGGUCAGUGUAUCGGAGGAGCCGCUGUAAGGACAGACUCUUCUUCUUCACCUUGGACACGGCAGACAUCACCUGCUGGUUCGGACAGGGCUUCGCUGAGGUGCUCCGGGUCAGACUCGUGGCCGUUGGAAAAGAACUGGCCGUUGGAAAAGAACUGGCCAGCUGAAUGGUUCAGGUUCUUUAUGAUCCUAAUGGUUCUGGUUCUAUGGAUUGAUUUUGGAAUCAGCUCUCAAGAAUUGUUUUACAGGUGAAUCUGAGAAAAUAUGAAUAUUUAACUAAAUAAAUGCAAUGUUAUAAACAACUGUUAUUAAAACAUUUUUCCUCUGAA